AAGCUCCAUCAUCGCCAUCUCAGCUUGUUCCUCGUUGAUUAGGGUUAGGGUUUCAAAAUCAGCAAAGAAGAAAUCCGAACAGAGAAGAUGAGUUCUACAGCAACGACGAAGGGCGGUCGAGGCAAGCCCAAAGCCUCCAAAUCCGUCUCCAGAUCUCAUAAGGCCGGCCUCCAAUUCCCUGUUGGCAGAAUCGCCAGAUUCCUCAAGGCCGGAAAAUAUGCAGAGCGCGUUGGUGCUGGCGCUCCGGUCUACCUCUCUGCUGUCCUUGAAUACCUUGCUGCUGAGGUUCUUGAGCUUGCUGGGAAUGCAGCAAGGGAUAACAAGAAGAAUCGGAUUGUUCCAAGGCAUAUACAGCUUGCAGUAAGAAAUGACGAGGAGCUGAGCAAGCUUUUGGGAACUGUCACGAUUGCUAAUGGUGGGGUUUUGCCUAAUAUCCAUCAGACACUACUGCCAAAGAAGCAAGGGAAAGGAAAGGGGGAGAUUGGAUCUGUUUCUCAGGAGUUUUAGAUUUCUUUUUCUUUAUGUUUUCUUUUUUUGGUUUCUUGAGAUGUAAAUGCAUGUUUUGGUUUUGUUUUUACAUGUUUCUUUUGUGGUUCUAAUGGGAAAGGCUUACAUGGCAUUGGCCGUGAUGUUUUUUUUUUGUCUUACCAUUUCCAAAUCUCUACUCUCUACUGUGUUUACCUUUGAUAUAAUGUACUUUCAAUUGGCAUCCUGCUGUUGUUUUGGUAUACAUAGAAGGUGAUGUUUUAAAGGGUGA